CUCCUUCAUCUGCGCAUUGCAAUCCGAAUAUGACUACCAACUCCGGUCACCACGCUCUUGUCAUUGGCGCUUCAGGCCUCAUUGGCUGGGCAGUCGUCGAUCAACUCCUCCAGCCUUAUCCGUCACCAUCGCCAUUCCGGAAAGUCUCCGCCCUCGUGAACAGGCCGUUGGAACUAGAAGAUUCGUUCUGGCCGGAUUCUGCAACAGGGAAUCCUGAGCUGGGACUCAUCUCUGGUGUAAACUUGCUCUGCAGUGACAGGGAAUUUGAAGAUCUCUUAAGAGACAAGGUGCCAGACGUUGCGUCGAUCAGCCAUGUCUACUACUUUGCGUUCAAGGACAAUCCCGAUUCAAAAAAAGAAGUCGAGAUCAACGUCGGUAUGAUGCGCCGCGUCGUUCGCGUAGUCAAAAACCUAUCGUCAAACUUCAAGUUUUUCGUUUAUCCAGGGGGCACACGGGGCUAUGGCAUCUACCGCCCAGAAGGCAUUUUCACCGCCCCACUCGUCGAAGAAAUGGCCGACCAACUCCCAGAAGACUACGCAAAAACCGUAUCCUACCCCCAAUACCGCGCUAUGCUCACAGCAGAAUCCGCAAACGCAGCGUGGACUUGGAGCGAAGUCAUCCCCGACGCAAUCAUAGGCUUUACGCCCAACGGCUCUGGCUUCUCGCUCGCCGGUCACUGGGCCAUGUACCUCUCGACCUACCGCCUCGUGCACGGCGAAGGCGCGGAAAUCCCUUUUCCAGGCGUGAUGAAGGGGUAUGAGAGUUUGUGCACAGAGACGAGUGCGUCUACCUUGGCCAGAGUGGCUAUUUUCGCUUCGCUUCAUCCAAACGAGUUUAGAGAGCGGAUAUUUAAUGUUGCUGACUCUGCGACACCGGGGUCGAUGUGUGAGCGCUGGCCACAGAUUACGUCGUUCUUUGGGCUUAAGGGCGUUGUGCCGCUGCCCACUUCUAGUUCUUCUGAUGAUAAACCUAGUGAUUUCAUCAAGCUGCAUGAGGAGAAGUGGAAAACAGCUGGUAUGAAGGGUAUAGAUAUCUGGAAUUACGCCCAACUAGACAGCUAUGGCCAUUGGUUGACGUUUGAUCGGCAGUUGAGCCUGAAGAGGUUGAGAAGUGCUGGGUUUGAAGAAGAGAGGAGGCCUGAAGAGGGGUGGUGGGAGGCUUUCAAGAUGUUUAGGGGGGCCGGUAUGAUUCAGUGAGCGAGACUUGGAAGUUCCCGCACUACUAUUCAUGGUACCCGUUUGUGCCUCCAAUUUCGAGGCAACGGCUGGCCGGAGACUAUUGCAUGAUUCGCGUAGCCGGGAGUGGCUUGUUGAACCACAUUUCUACUACCACUGCCGGUUUUACAAGUGAGUAGAACUCGAGCUUUCGAGGACCGACAUGGACGAGACGAAAAAAUGGUUUCAGAUACCCCCUCGCCCUUACAGCAUCUAUCAUGCCAUUGCUAGUAUAGAGCUGUAGAGAUAUU